UAUCAUUAGGGUGGAGACAUGUGCUUCUGAAUCGCAGUCUCUGGGGCCUUCAUGAUGAUAAUUCUAGCUGUGUGGAGGUGGUGGGAAAACAUGUGUCUUUAAAGUGUUCAGAGAUUCUCAGAUUUGAAAAGAUCAUUCUCCAUCGUUUUGUCAGGAGGGGUUGACGAGUGAGUCACUGAGUGUUCAUGCUGAGUUGGAGGUCAUGGCCAGAUAAGCAGUGACUCCAGUGUCGUACCACAGUCACCUCACAGAUGUUCACCCUGUUUAAAUGCCUUGUGGACAUCUUGGAAAGAGAAAAGAGAAAUGGUAUUGUCUGCUUGCUGAGAGGGUUCACUCUUUGGAAGUUAUGGGCAGCUGUGCACCCCAGGAGAAAGCUGAUUCACUAAAUGCCUUGUUUGGAAGAAAUACCUUAGUUACCCUACAUUCAUUUCUGUGAAAAGCUCCAUGCGCCUCUUUUCCUGAUUAAUAAUUGGAUUCUUUGUACUCACACAUUUUUGACACUGUUUGGUCAACACCUUUGCAAUUUUGGUCCAGCUCAUAUGAUAAGCAUCACUUGCUUGUGAUAUUUAAGUUCGAUAUUUUCCAAAAUUGAAAGCAGUUUUACAAUAGGGUGAAAUUUGCAUGACAACAUUGAUUAGAGCACAAAAACCACCAAAAUACCAAAGCAUUUGGUGCCAGUUAUCACUGUCACUGGUCACUCCCAUUGGUUCUCUGUUGUCUAGCCCUGGCAAAACUGUGAUGUAUAUUAUUUUCUUUGAUGCAGUUUGAAAUUCCAUAUAAAAAGCUUGCCUUAUUGUGUUCCCAGAUGGGGUUGGGGGUAGGGGCUUCAUAUGAGGAUUUUAUGGCUGUCACAGAGCAAGUUGGGAUCAGGAUGUCUCGUCUAGUUUCUGGCAUGUGGAGCUGCUUAUUAGGAAUGCUGAAGUGCUACCAUAAAAAUAUAUAAAUGCAUAAAUGCAAAAAAUAUACAGUGUCUGUGGUUUUUUUGACCACUCAACCCUGUCUUUCUCUUUUUAAAGUCUUUUAGAUGUAGGUUAGGAUAUGUGCUUGCUUAUUUUUCUAUGAGAAUUAAGGCCAGACUGACAUAAAAUUCUUUUUACUGAUUUCAGUUUUAUGGAAUAUAUUCCAAUGACAAAUAAUAUCAGAAGAUAUAAUUUCAUAUAGUCAAAUAAAACCUACAGUCAGAUCACGGGUUUGCUUGUUGAUUAUUAAAAACUCAAACAGCGGAAACUCUUGAUUUUUAUUAUGUGAUUCAUGUAUGAUUCCUGAGUUAUGAAACUGACCAGAAGGGCUAUGGAAAUGCCUGUCUUUUGUGGACUAGUGGCUGCAAGUUCCUGAGCAGUUCACGUUGGCUGAAAAUGUUGGUGCAUAAACAGUUAAACAUAAACAGUUAAACAUAAACAGUUGAAGCCAUUUAUCAGUGACUCAGGUAAUGUAUUUAGAUCACCAUUGAUUUGUUUAUGACAGCGUGAAUUAGCAAAUUAAUUGACUAAUGGUAUAUGGUCGCAUUCUCAUUAGUCACUGCCAACAUCUUGUUAGACAAUCACACAGAUGUGUCGGAAAUGCUGUUCCUGUCGUCCGUGUUAAGAUUGAUAUUCUGCUUCAUCAAUAUGGAACUAAAGACAAUGUGUUCUGCAGAAACCACAGUUUCAGGAACUGCUAAAAUUUCAUUUGUAUAUAAAGAAGAUGACAUAUUUGCAAAUGCAUUGCAUGAGAAUGAGAUAGAUGUAACCCUCAUGCCUUAUUUAUUCUUUUCACAACCCUGAUUUUAGAAUAAUGAAAAACAUAUGUACAAUGUUUGUACUUUUACAACUAUUUGUGAGAAAAUUGUUACAUCAGUGUACUCAUUUGAAUUUAGAAAAUAAACAGCUGCUUUCUGAAGAUUGCUUGGCUUUAUCAUCAGACAAGGGCCUGUAUUCCUGUUGUUCUGUGAUGUUAUGAUUAUGAAGGUUAUGAAUGCAGUUUUCCCUGUAGAACAUUUAAAGAGGUUAUUGGAGCUUUAACUGAAGCAUUUCAACAACACUGAUAAGUCUGUUGAACCAUAUUAUCACCCGAUUUUAUCAGCCAACAGCAUAUUGGUCAUGGAUAAGGAAGGAAGGUACACUCCCAGCAUUCAGAUUCUUACUCUGGAAAUAAUUCGUUUGAAAUGACUGACCCCUCCUCAUCUCUCUAUCUGCAUAUCUGCACUGCUUAACUCCACUGAGGUUGGAAAAUGGUUUUUCAGUUACUCUCCUAUGUAGACUUUAUCAGGCAUGACAACAGAGGCAUAGAGAGAGACAGCUGAGUUUGAAAUUUUCACUCGGAUGUGUCCAGAAGGCCUUCAAGUUGUUUGGAGCUAUGUUGCUCUUUUGAAAAUGUUCUGUCAACUGCAUGUGUGACAGAGUAAGGCUGUGUCCGCCUGUAUUUUGAGGAAGAUUUUGGAAGUGGUAAAUUCCACAGGGCAGCUGGUGCCGGCUGUUAGCAUUCCAUCUGCCUGUGCGAGAGUGAGUGAGAGCCAGCCAUGCUACUCCCGGUCAGCUUAGCCCUGGGCCUGGCAAAAUAUACUAGCAGUGACUACCAUUUUAAAAAUCCAACAGGGCUCUGUUGCAGGACCUUGCAUAGUAUUGUGAAGUUUGGCACUCUUUAGAACUGUUGGUGUGGAGGUCAGCCCACUUCAGGGCUAGGAUGGGUGCCUGGUCGAUGCCAGUGGGUUAGGUGGGCGAACAUGUGGCAGGCCUCAAUGCAGCUGCUGUACACUUACCCUGUUGGAAUGUGAGGACAAACUGUGGGCUCUGGAGGAGGCUCAGAUGGCUAUCCAGCAACUGUUUGGCAAAAUCAAAGACAUCAAGGACAAAGCGGAGAAAUCGGAACAAAUGGUAAAAGAGAUCACCCGGGACAUCAAGCAGCUGGACCAUGCAAAACGUAACCUAACCACGUCCAUUACUACUCUUAAUCACCUGCACAUGCUAGCAGGAGGUGUGGACUCUCUAGAGGCCAUGACACGCAAGAGGCAGUAUGGAGAGGUGGCCAACUUGCUCCAGGGAGUGGUUAACGUGCUGGAGCACUUCCAAAAGUAUAUGGGCAUCCCUCAGAUCCGCCAACUGUCUGAAAGAGUGAAAGCAGCACAAAGUGAACUAGGCACACAGAUCCUAGCUGACUUUGAUGAGGCUUUUCCUGCACAGGGCUCAAAGAGGCCUGGAGGCCCCAGCAUUGUGCUCAGAGAUGCCUGUUUGGUGGCCAGUGUCCUGGAUCCUCGCAUUAAGCAAGAAAUAAUCAAGAAGUUUAUUAGGCAGCAUCUCUCUGAGUACCUUGUGCUCUUUCAAGAGAACCAGGAUGUGGCAUGGUUAGAUAAGAUUGACCGGCGCUAUGCAUGGAUAAAGCGUCAGCUAGUGGACUAUGAGGAGAAGUAUGGCCGCAUGUUUCCUGAAGAGUGGUGCAUGACCGAGCGUAUCGCUGUGGAGUUCUGCCAUAUCACCAGAACUGAGCUGGCCAAGCUGAUGCGAGCUCGUGCCAGGGAGAUUGAGGUCAAGCUCUUGCUCUUUGCUAUUCAGAGGACCACCAAUUUCGAGGGGCUGCUGGCUAAGCGCUUCUCAGGCAGCACCUUGAGCAACGGCCCAGGGAAGAGACCUGAGACGCCCUUGGAGCCCACUAACCCCUUUCUGGAGGAUGAGUCAGGAGAGGACAACGUUUCUGAGAAGGAUGAAGAUCUGGUCAGGCCGAAAAAGCCUAAGACCCCAGAGAACCCGUUCCAUGGCAUCGUUUCCAAAUGUUUCGAGCCUCAUCUCUAUGUCUACAUUGAAUCACAGGACAAGAACCUCGGGGAGCUGAUUGACCGCUUUGUGGCUGAUUUCCGAGCGCAGGGUCCCCCUAAGUCAGGCACAGAAGAAGGGGGAGCUGUGUUGCCCAGCUGUGCAGAUCUUUUUGUAUACUAUAAAAAGUGCAUGGUGCAGUGCUCUCAGCUGAGCACAGGAGAGCCCAUGAUUGCCCUCACUACCAUCUUCCAGAAGUACCUGCGCGAGUAUGCCUGGAAGAUCCUGUCUGGGAACCUGCCCAAAACAAGCAGUAACAGUGGAGGUCUGACCAUCAGCAGUCUGUUAAAGGAAAAAGAAGGUUCAGAGGUGGCCAAAUUUACCACAGAAGAGCUCUGUCUUAUUUGCAGUAUCCUCAGCACAGCUGAAUACUGCCUUGCAACCACACAACAGCUGGAGGAGAAGCUAAAGGAGAAAGUUGACAAGUCGCUCAUGGAGAGGAUUAAUCUAACAGGAGAGAUGGACACCUUUAGCACUGUGAUCUCCAACAGCAUCCAGCUUUUGGUUCAGGAUCUGGAUGCUGCAUGUGACCCAGCCCUCACAGCCAUGAGCAAGAUGCCAUGGCAGAGUGUGGAGCAUGUUGGUGACCAAAGCCCCUACGUCACGUCUGUCAUCAUGCAUAUCAAACAGAAUGUACCAAUCAUCAGAGACAACCUGGCUGCCACCCGCAAAUACUUCACCCAGUUCUGCAUCAAGUUCAUCAACUCCUUUAUCCCAAAGUUCAUCAACCACUUGUUCCGGUGUAAACCCAUCAGCAUGGUUGGAGCUGAGCAGCUUCUAUUGGACACACACUCUCUGAAGACGGUUUUGUUAGACCUCCCAUCCAUUGGCUCUCAAGUCCUUCGCAAAGCUCCAGCGAGUUACACUAAAAUAGUGGUCAAAGGGAUGACUCGUGCCGAGAUGAUUCUAAAGGUGGUCAUGGCCCCUCAUGAGCCUUCAGUGGUCUUUGUGGAUAAUUAUAUCAAGCUUCUUGCUGAUGGCAACCCAGAGACUUUCCAGAAAAUUCUAGACAUGAAGGGACUGAAGCGCAGUGAGCAGAGCAGUAUGCUGGAGCUCUUCAGACAGAGGUUACCCACUCCCCCCUCAGGGCCAGACACAGGGCCCACUAUGUCCUUCAGCGCCCCAACCCCUGAGCAGGAGUCCUCCCGCAUCCGCAAACUGGAGAAACUGAUCAAAAAACGAAUUCAGUGACCUAUUCUUCAUCAAUGUAUUACACAGGACUUGUUAAAGCUAUAUGUGAUUAUGGCUCUCCUGCAGUGUCUUAACUCAUAAAGCAUUCAAAGAUCAAAGUGGCAUUAUUCACAAGUAUAAAAGCUGGUAAAAGAGAACAUUCCCAUAUGAACAUGAAUCACCAGACUUAUACCAAAAACCUUAAAAUAAUGAAGCUUUCAUUCCAUUAAUUAAUAUAAACCCCAUGAAUCAAAAGUUGUUUGUAAAAUCAUCUGUAACACAUUGCUACGUUGCUGGCAUGUAUGAGUCAUUUACCCUUGUGUACCCGAGUUUUUCCUCCUUUUUUCUCUCUUAUAACACUAAUGCACAGGCUUUCCAUAGUGGGUGAAUGCAUGUCAUUUACUUUGCACAUUUCUCUGAAAUAUGCUUGCACUUAAAGCAAAGUGGAUGGCAGAGCAAUCCAGAAAAGUACCCUGCUGCUACUUUGGCACAAAUUCUUCCGGCUUGGGAGUCUGAACAUCAGAAUGAUUUAAAGGCAAAGUUUUCUCUAAAUGUCCCCUUCACCCUCACCAUUACAGUAAAUGGUCGUGAGGCACUUUGUGAGUGGUGUGUGUUAGGGGACUCUGUGUGUAAAUGGGAUUGGUCUGUAAUUCAGUCUCCAGGAUUAGGAGUAGAGCCCUAGGUGCUCUGUGCCACAGAGAAACUAGAGAUUUCCUGUCUCUCAAUGGGACACAAAGGAGUUGCCUUUCUUCCCCUCAAAAAACUGGACAAAACUGUAAAGGUUCAAAGAUGUUUUGAGAUAUUUAUCAGUGCAUGAGCAGAUCCUGAGUACAGAAUCUUUCUGAAUCUCUGUAAUGUUAUAAGGGCCUCUGGGUAACUGUAGAGUCAUAUAUUGUGACAUUAGAUUUGAUGCUUCAGAAUCAAGGGUGAAAAUGUGAAAUAUUUAUAUGGUUUCCUCUGUCUAUUCGUGUUUGCCUGUUAAUGGAUAUGAGUUUAGAGUUUUUUUUGCUAUGUAUGAGGUAGGGUGGGCAUUGGCCAUCUCUGUUGUACUUUUUACUCUGACUACUGCUCCUAAUCAUACAAUUGUCAUUAAAAGGCCUAGCAAAAACUUGCUUUCUUGGAAUAAAUUGUAAUGUAUCUUAA